AUGGAGGGAAAAGAAAUAUUCAAUUUUUCACCAGGACCUGCUUGCCUGCCAAAAGAAGUGCUUAAGCAAAUUUAAGAUGAGUUUUUAAACUAUAAAGGAAAAGGAUUUAGCAUAAUUGAAAUGUUCAAUAGAUCCAAAGAAUUCCUAGAAUUAGCUGCUGAAGUAGAAAAAGACUUAAGAAGUCUGAUAAAUCUACCAGAUAAUUAUGCUGCAAUGUGGGCAUCAUCUGGAGCCUACCUUUAAUUCAGUUCAGUACCUUUAAAUAUUGGUGGAGGCCCAGAGAGCACAGCAACUUAUGUUGAGACUGGCCACUGGAGUAUGGAAGCUGCUAAAGAAGCUAGAAAAUUCUUGAAUGUAUCCCCUGCAUGGCAACCAUCAGAAGAUAGAUAUCUUUACACUUUGCCUGAGCCUGAAGAGUUUAAUAUUCACAAAGACUCAAAAUAUGUUUACUAUUGCGAUAAUGAAACAGUUCAUGGUGUGGAAUAUCACACUCCAAUCGUUACUGAGGGAGUACCAGUAGUUUGUGAUAUGACUUCAAGUUUUUUGACAAAGCCUCUCAAUUGGGAUAGAUUUGAUGUUAUUGUCUCAGCAGUGCAAAAGAAUCUUGGACCUGCUGGUAUAACUUCAUUAAUUGUAAACAAAAAACUUCUUGGAAAUAAAAGAGCGGAUACUCCAAUUAUGUGCGAUUGGGAAACUCAGUACAAUUGUGGAGGCUUCUAUAACACUGCAAAUGUAUUUGCUCUAUACGUUUGCGGACUUAACUUGAAAUACCUGAAAAAAUUCGGUUUGGAGUAUUUUGAUGACUUAGCUAAGUAAAGAUCAACGCUAAUCUACGAUGUAAUUGACAGCUCAAACGGAUUCUAUAGAAAUUAGGUUGAUUUAAAACACAGAAGCAGAUUAAACUGCCAGUUUAGACUUAAAUCUAAGGAAGAGGAUGACAAAUUCCUUAAGACUGCUGAAGAGGCAGGUUUCCUUUGGCUAAAUGGUCAUAUAAAAUAUGGAGGGUGCAGAGCUAAUAUGUACAAUGCUAUGCCAAUUGAAGGUGCAGAGAAAUUAAGAAAUUUCAUGAAAUAAUACCAAGAUGAGCAAGAAAGAUUGUGA